AUGAGCCUUUAUCAAGAAGACAAUUGUUGCUACCGGCUGUACAUUGGAAACGGAAAUUGGAUUAACCUUGGGCAAGAAACUACACGCGAACUAUUGGCGAUUUAUGCAAAAGGUGUUGCAACUCGCUUUGAGCUCGUUCCUGGUCUAGCUAUCGAUAUUCUGCCUAAUGAUGUAGAUUGUAACAGCAAGAAUACAGAUCUACCAAUGCUUAUGCGCGCAGAUUUGGUAUCGGUCGAUCCAGAGAGCGCAAACAACCCCGGAAAAAUCUUCUCGAGCUACAUCAAAGAUUUAUUGGAAAAGCAAGGAAUUGUCGAUGUUUUCCCACCAGUCAGGUUGGGUGAAGACCUUCCGUUGGUUACAUCUUUACCUUCCCAUAGACACCUCAGUAUGGUGCCUGCUCCGAUCGGUAUGUCUCGUAGGUCAAAUCGCCCGUCUGUAGUUAAAGAAGCUCGACUACAGGAUCCUCUGAGAGGAUUCGUUGUGUCUUCAUCGGUGUCGUCGGCCAGUACAUCACACUCUUAUGCACCCCAAAAUGACAACAAUAACUUCAAUGGUAUCCAGCCUACAGCAACCGGCAACAAAAAGAAACGAGGAAAGAAAGGAUCUAUGCCCAAAAAAGCUACAACAACUUCUCUUCAGUCAGGGAUCAUGACACGCUCUCAACAGCGUCAUUCAAAGCUCCUGGAAGAGGUCGAGCCUGAUCAUAGCUAUGGUUCCAAUACUUCGCCUGGAACAUGGAUCGACACAGCCCCUUCUUCCACUUCACUUCCACCAGCGUACCCAUUGAACCAAACCAGCCAGCAAGUGUUUCUUCACCAUCGUGUUCCUUCUAAUAUGUACCGCAAGGAUCUUACAGUCGAAACUUCUUCUGCUGGUGCUUUUUAUUCAUCACAAAAUGUGUUUAAACAACCUUCGCAACCAAUUUUUCAACAGAGACCCAUUGGGAAUUAUUCUUCUGUAGCAAUGCACGGUAUACAAUAUCAAAACACCCCAGAAGCUAUUCCGCCAUAUCAUUCCCAGGCCCUUCCAGGUCUUUCGAUCUUUACUUCUUCAUUGGGAAGUAUGGACUGUGAUGAUGAUAAUUCGGGUGAAUCAGCCCUUCGACGAUCAAAUAUCAAUAUCUACUCUACUCUCUCGCAUCCGUCUACUAUGACGCCUAUUCCUGCAAAUUGGAUGGAGCGUGAUAUGUGGAAUAUGGGCACGCAAGCCAAUAUUAUGGAUGCAUCCGAUUAUGGAUCUACUCAAACACCUUCAUAUUCCCAUUUUCCUAUGCACACACCUGAAAUCUCCUACAAUGCAAACAACAUCAACCACGAAAACGAAAGCUCGUCUCAGACUGGCGUGAUUGUUCCUCUUCAACUAGGAGUCCAUCGCUAUGAUAUAGAAACCAAGGAAUCACCAAGCUCAAUUUCUACCCUAGGAUCAAUCCCACUAUCCAGCCUCUACAAUGAUUCCUCUUUUUUUAAGUCCAAUGAAGCUACAGACUGCUGCACAACCAACUAUCAGCAAGAAGAGCAACCUAAAAGAGAUUCCAUUCUUGAGCAUCGUUCAAUGUCACCUAAAGACACUCCUGUUCUGGCACCGCUCACAAAUUCCGUAGCUACCUCUAGAUAUACCAGCCCUCAUCAUUCUGUUAUUUCAUCUUAG